GUUAACGUAUGGUAGUGUUAGUUUACAGUAGUCUCGAAAUAAAAUAGUAUAAAUAUUCAUGAAAAGAUUAAUAUUGAGAAAAAUAUACUUUUAUGUUAAAAGUUCUGGUUUCUAUUCCAGCAGUUUUGUGCAUUCUCAAAAGUUGUUUUUCAGCCAAAACAGCACAAAUUCUAGUAAAUUCGUUGAUAAAAAUGCCAGCUUCCAGGAAUUAAAUCCUAAAUCGCAGUCUUCCAAUUCUAAUAAUACACAAAAUACCGUAAAUAAAUCACAUAAACCUGAAGAAUCACAAAAUUCAACACAAUCCUCAGAAUCUAGAGAAUCUCCAAAAUCUCAAGAAUCUGACGAUCCUGAGAAAGAUGUUAAAUCAGGUUCUAAAUUAAAGAGGUUUCGUUUUUUACCUUUUGGCAUUUAUGGCGGUGCUUUGUUGGUGUUUAGUGGGUUUGCCUUAUCUUACUACAUUGACCGCCGUAAGGAUUUGAGGGGACUGAAGUUCUCUCAAGUGCUCGAUGACCUUACACAGUACGUUUAUGACACGAUUGAGGAGUUUUUUCCAACUGACAACACUCCAUUGCUGCCAGAUUUCAAGGAGCUUAACUAUCCCCCAAACCUGCCAACUCUGGUUUUAGACUUGGAUAAGGUAAUUGCCAAGAUGGAGUAUGACCGUAAAUUAGGCUGGAGAGUGAAGAAAAGGCCUUACGCAGACAAUUUCUUCAAGGAACUGAUUAACUAUUACGAGAUUGUGAUUUGGUCAGAUGAUGCUUAUCCUGUCGCAUAUGACAUUGCCAAUCACUGGGGCCUUCCAGUGAUUGGAUGUAUUCAUAGAGACCACUGCAAGAAGUUCAAAGGGAGUUAUAUUAAGGAUUUGUCUCGUCUAGGUCGUGACCUUGAUAGGGUAGUUAUGAUCGACCACGACAAGACUGCUUGUGCACUACAGCAGGAGAAUUGUAUUCUGAUUAAGGAAUUUGACGGAGAUGAAAACGACGAGGAACUUCUGUUGCUGAUUAAUCUGCUUAAGACUAUGGCUAUAAACCCCAAGGACGUUAAGGCUCAGAUGCGGGAACUUGGUGGAGGGCACGACUACGGGAUUGGCCGCAGGUUCAGUGAACGCUUUUCCGUUAAGCAGAAAAUCGCUGAAAAGCGAAUGAACCUCAGUAAAAUGAUGGGAUUCAAACAUUAGCGCAAUAAGCUGUAAUAUACUCAU